AUGGGAAACGUUGUGCAUACGGAUUUGGGUACGACCACACCAUUGAUGAUUACAAGUCUGAUGCGAUUCAAGUGCGUUUCCAAGUCAUGUCUCUCUUUGAUUUCCAGCACCUACUUUGCUAAAACUCACCUCAAUGAAUCAUUCACAAAUCCUAACAUCCAAAGACAGCAAACACUCGUCUGCACUCGAUCUCCUGGUCAUGAUCGUUUCUAUGCCUACAACCUCCAAUCAGACAAAAGGAUGGUAAAAGAAGUAGAGAUGAAUUAUAUUGAUCAUGGAAACAUGGUUCCCUGGAAGCUUGAAUUUGUUGACUCUUGUAAUGGGUUGCUAGGUUGGACGUUUGGUACUUCAAAUGGGGAUGAUAAAAGGCAGAUGAUUGCAGCUUUUGAUUUGGUAGAGGAGAAAUUCCGGGUGGUUCCUGUGCCUGCAGCUACUCUUAUCUGUCGCGAUAUUCAGGAACUUAUGAUAAUGAAGGAAUAUGGGUUGCAACAAUCGUGGACUAAACUUGUGAUUACCAUUCCUUAUACUCAAAUUCAUCUUCUCCGUAUGUUAAAAAGUGAUGAAGCUCUGUUGCGGAUAGACUACCACAAAUUAGUUUUAUACAACAUAACAGAGGGAACUUACAGGGUUCUUGUAUAUCCGGACAUUGAGCGGGAUGGAAAUAUGUCUCUUGCCCAAGGAACCUACUUUGUGGAGAGCCUCAUAUCACCAUCCUAUAUGUCACAAUAUGAAGCUAGGUAA